GGAAAACGACAUCGUUGGGAACAAUGAAUUGAACUCUCCUCUGCUUUGCUUACAGAAUUACAGCAGGCGGAUAAAAAAGGACAGGCUGCAUGUGAACGCCGGGAAAAAGCUGGUGGCUCUUUCCUUCCUCAGUUCCUUUGCUUUUUCUGGUCCCAAACUAUUAAACUAAAUCUAGGGUGUUUCUUAUUUUCUUUUAAAAUUUCAAUUCGAAUUUGGAUAUAGCUUCUUCUUCUUCUUCUUCCUCCUCCUCUUCCUCUUCUUCAUCUAAGAAGGUCCCUUGUCAUAAUUCUGAAUCUUCUGCUCUUGUAUACUCGUCAAAUCGAGCCAGGAGAACAAGAAAGGGAGGGAAUCAGUACCUUUCUACUGCAGCCGCUAGGGAUUAAAAUUUUGGUUAUCUAUACAAGAUAUGGGACAAUGCUUAUGCUUUGCUAAACGUCAACAGGGUGAAGGACAUGAUUCUGAUGAGCAUUUUGAAUUUGUUGGCAGUAAUGUGCACCUCAUUACUGCCAAAGAGGCCUGGGAUCAGAAGCUAUCAGAAGCUAAUAGGGAGGGCAAAACUGUUUUGGUGAAUUUCAGUGCAACAUGGUGUGGUCCUUGUAGGAUGAUUUCACCAUUCUACCGAGAGCUGUCUGAGAAAUAUCCUUCUCUAAUGUUCCUGUUGGUUGAUGUUGAUGAACUACCAGACUUCAGCAGUUCAUGGGAUAUCAAGGCUACUCCUACCUUUUUCUUUCUCAGAGAUGGGCAGCAAGUUGACAAGCUUGUGGGGGCGAACAAGCCAGAGUUACAGAAGAAGAUAACUGCCAUUGUAGACUCUGUGAUUGAUUGUGACAAGUGAUUGUUGUGGUGGUUCCUGCGUUUGAGAGUGCAGCAAUUAGCAUGUUUGUCCAUUGUGUGUUUAAUAUUUUGGUUGUUAAUUGUGAGCCUUUUGUGUGUAGAUAUUGCCUGUCAUGUAAAUAUGACUACUUGAAAAUUUUGGAAUCUGGAGACUGAAUGAGCAAAUUGUUUCUUCUA